GCCGACAGCUUUGCGAGGUGUUUAAUGCCCGCGCCGCGUUGAAUACUCAGUGCUCAGUUUUGUCUGUUAGGCAUCCUUAGGGGUGGUGGGCUCGUCACUGUCGUGUCGUGUGUUCGUACUCUGAAAGCAAUUCAAAGCGGACAAAAAGCAUUACAGAAAGUAUUAAUACCUAGUAAUAAGUGUCAAACAAUAAGCAAGCUGCACAAGCAUAGCACACCAAUAGUUAACACAUCAAAAAGCAAUUCUACGAACAUAAGCUCAAAAUGUUCUCACGACCCAGCUUGUGCGGAAAUCUCGGCAAAUUGUGCCGCAGCGGCACUGCAGCAGUAACAGCGACACCAGCAACAACAUUGCCCUCAUCAUCGGCGCUGGCGCUGUACGAUGCCCGUGGUUAUCAUGAGGUUGUCGGCGACAUCAUCUGCCCCUCGCAGGUGCGCGGCAUUGAUCACAUUCGCGAUCCGCGCUUGAAUAAGGGUUUGGCCUUUACGCUGGAGGAGCGUCAGGUGCUGGGUAUUCAUGGGCUGCAGCCGGCGCGUUUCAAGACGCAGGAGGAACAGCUGCAGUUGUGCAAGAUUGCCGUCAAUCGGUAUACGGAACCAUUGAAUAAGUAUCUGUACCUGAGCGAUCUACACGAUCGCAAUGAGCGUCUCUUCUUUCGUUUCCUGUCCGAGAACAUUGAGGAUCUGAUGCCGAUUGUGUACACGCCCACAGUGGGUUUGGCAUGCCAGCGCUUCGGCCUGAUCUACAGACGUCCGCACGGCCUCUUUGUCACAUUCAAUGAUCGCGGUCACAUCUUCGAUGUGAUGAAAAAUUGGCCGGAGCCAAAUGUUCGUGCCAUUUGUGUAACGGACGGUGAGCGUAUCCUGGGCCUGGGUGAUCUUGGCGCCUGCGGUAUGGGCAUCCCAGUGGGCAAACUGGCGCUGUACACGGCUCUGGCGGGCAUCAAGCCGCAUCAGUGUCUGCCCAUUGUUGUGGAUGUGGGCACCAAUAACAUCGAUCUGCUGGAGGAUCCGCUGUACGUUGGCCUGCGACAGAAGCGCGUCGUGGGACGUGAAUAUGAUGACUUCAUUGAUGAGUUCAUGGAGGCGGUUGUCAAGCGCUAUGGCCAGAACACUCUUAUCCAGUUUGAGGACUUUGGCAACCACAAUGCAUUUAGAUUCUUAGACAAGUACCGCAACACAUACUGCACCUUUAACGAUGAUAUUCAGGGCACAGCUUCUGUGGCCGUGGCCGGUUUGUACGCCUCCAAGCGUAUCACGGGCAAGUCCUUCAAGGAUUACACUUUCCUAUUCGCUGGUGCCGGCGAGGCAGCCAUUGGCAUUGCCGAUCUUGUGGUCAAGGGCAUGGUCGCCGAAGGCGUGCCCAUCGAAGAGGCAUACAGCAGAAUAUAUAUGGUGGACAUCGAUGGUCUGUUAACCAAAUCGCGCAAGGUGGGCAACUUAGAUGGCCACAAGAUCAACUAUGCUAAAGACGUGGAACCCAUGUCCGAUCUCGAGCAAAUUGUGACGGCAAUUAAACCAAGUGUUUUAGUUGGCGCUUCGGCUUGUGCCGGUCUCUUCACGCCAAAGAUUCUGCGCACCAUGGCGGACAACAAUGAGAGGCCUAUCAUAUUUGCUCUCUCAAAUCCAACCAGCAAGGCGGAAUGCACAGCUGAGGAGGCUUACCAAAAUACGGAUGCACGUGUCAUCUUCUCAUCGGGCUCGCCCUUCCCACCGGUUACCAUGGGCGACAAAACUUACUAUCCUGGUCAGGGUAACAAUGCCUACAUCUUUCCUGGCGUGGGUCUGGGCGUCAUUUGCACGGGCACCCACCACAUACCCGAUGAUAUGUUCCUGAUUGCCGCCCAGGAGCUGGCCAACUUUGUGGAGCCCAGUGACAUUGAGCGUGGCUCGUUGUAUCCGCCUCUGGCGAGCAUUCGUGAUGUCUCCAUGAAUAUUGCUAUUGGGGUGACCAAGUGUGCUUAUGACAGCGGUUUGGCAUCGACAUACCCAGAGCCGCAGGACAAGCGCAAGUGGCUGGAGGAUCAAUUGUACAACUUUAACUAUGAGUGCUCGAUGCCGGUGACCUGGACCUGGCCACGCAUGCCCUACAUCAAGACUCGCGCAGAGAGUCCGCUAAUUGCCGCUAUUAAAUAAGAAAAUCGUUCAGUUCUCUUGGUUGAUCGUUUGAUGGCACCUUCUGUAUUGCAUUAUAAUCCAUUCUUCGUACUGCUAUUACUACUACUACUACUACUUCCAAGUGACCACCAUCAGCACCAAAAAAAUAAAAUAAAACUAACCAAAAGUAGGCCUAGAUAAUUUCUGCAAUGGCUCACACAAUCUUCAUAUAUGUUAUAUGAUUAAAUUACUCGCCACGUUGCUCGUUGCAAGUUCAAGAUCAGCCGGCGUUAUGGGCUACGUGCUCCUCAGCUCUCAUUGAUGACUAAAAUGCAAGCGAAUUUCAACAGUGUACUUUAACUUACUCAUUAUAAUUGUUAGCCAUAGAUCCGAGCUGUGUUGUUGAUAACCAAGCGACGUGUGCGAUAGAAAACUUUAUGUAUUUUCGAUAUGUUAAUAGUAUUAUAUAUGUAUUUUGUAUAUAAUGUUUUUAUUUGUAUAAUGUUAUCAAGUUAAUUUGUAUGUGAUCGACAAUGAUAAUGCAACGAUGUAUGCGAUCGUAUAACUAUUCUAAUUUACUUACUAACUGCUUUGCAUAUGCCUUGUUUUUCCUGAAAUUAAGUUUAAUUGGCUUGUUGGCUUUUUUUCCCUCUGGCUAUCUAUCUCUUGCUUUAACUUUCUUUCUAUCUCUUCAUAACUAACCUCUUUAUUUCUCCAACUUUAAAGCAAAAUGAACAUUUCAAGAAUUGAUUGAUAUUGAUCUAUUGCUAUUUUCAUCUCCUUGAUAUACAGAAAACGAAGAUAUCAUGUAAAUUACCCAAACCACACCGACCGCAAAGAACCAUUGGCAAAUAUAGACAGCAGAACGUUGAGAUACUUCUGUCCAUCCCUAAAUGAAAGCAAAAAAAAGAGCAGCCGUUGACUUCUUAUAAUUAACUCUUAAUAUAAAAGUUAACAAUCUAAGUAAAAAGUUUUAAUUUAAUACACCUAUAUAGCGUAUAUAGAAAUAUAUAUGUAUGACUAUAGAAAUGAUUAUUAUUUUUGUUGUUGAUCCAUGUCUGAUAUUUAUUAAAUAGCCAAUAAAUAGCCUUGUUAUAAUUUAUUGUUAUAAAAGUACAUUUUUAAUUUACCCAAUUAAAUACCUACAAAUUACUAUCGUGGAGUAAUCUGGAAUCAAUUUUACAAUUGACCAGCUGAUGUGCGAUGAUCAAUAAAAUACAAAAAAAUUGGUUAUCUCAAA